GUUGCACAUCAAUUCUUUCUACAGGACAAUAAUCAUUCAAUAAAGCGUUGUGCUGACAGAACACAACAAUGAUGAACUAAACAAUGUCAGGAUCUAGACCAGAGCAUAUUCAGAGGCACUGGACAGAAACAAAAGACUCGUUUUCAAGCAUAUCUAGUGACCAGCGACGACAAGAACAAAAAACACAAGUUGUUCAACUAGGGAUUUUGUGGUAUUAAGAACGCUGUUGGCAUAUCAGCCCACGACCAGGUUCCCGAGAACUGAGGGCAAACGCGUACAAAGGGUACCCCGAAACUCGGAUCUCUGCAUCUGCGACUCAGGGAAGACGGAAACGACGAGGAGGAGGAAGAGGAGAAGAUGGUGCACGGGACGCUGGAGGUGCUGCUCAUCGGGGCCAAGGGCCUCGAGAACACCGACUACCUCUGCAACAUGGACCCGUACGCAGUUCUCAAAUGCCGCUCGCAGGAGCAGAGGAGCAGUAUUGCAUCAGGCAAAGGAAGUAACCCUGAAUGGAACGAAAACUUUGUCUUCACUGUUUCUGACCAAGCUACAGAGCUCUCGGUCAAGCUUAUGGACAGUGACUCAGGCACAGGGGAUGACUUUGUUGGUGAAGCAACUAUUCCUCUGGAAGCAGUGUAUGCGGAAGGGAGCAUUCCACCAACAGUUUAUAAUGUUGUGAAAGAUGAACACUACUGUGGAGAAAUCAAAGUUGGUCUCACAUUUACACCUGAGGAUGUUCGCCAGCGUGGUCUUCCGGAGGACUUCGGUGGAUGGAAACAAUCGGAUUGAGAAGAUCCGCAACAAGCCAUGCCUCGUGAAGCCUUGAGCCCUUUGAACGCCACUCAGUCAGUUUGCCUUAUUUAGCCAAAAUUCAGUUUGGCUUCGUCAAUCAUUUCGAAAGUAGUAUUAUUCAUGAGUUUGAACUACAGAUAGCUGCGAUUCCUGUAUUAUACCUUCUUAAGUACCGGAACUAGGAAUACUGUUUGUGACGCCUUCUCGAAACUAUUUUCAAUGCAUCACUUGGUUAUAGUAGCUAGAAAAUUGCGUAUUUUA